AAUUACUAUUAUUAAUAAUAAGGACUGUAUGUAUGAAAAUGUUCUUUCACACUUUAGAAGUGAGGUACUUGCUUUGAUUUAUAUUCACUUGGAUUGCACAACUCCUAAAGGCCCAAAAAUCACACCAAAUGAACCACCCAAAACAGAAAAGAGUGCUAAGGAAGAUAGAAGAGUAGAAAGAAAACAAAGUACUGACAUUCCUUUGAAUUUUUAUGUCCUUGACUUAAGUAUCUUGGAGUAAAAAAUGCUUACACCAAAACGUUCUUUAACACAGUUUUCAUAAAUCCAUACAUAUAUUUGAUAAAUUUGAUAGUUGGUCUACCUCAUACAUCCUUACUAUUCUGUUUUAUACUAACAUUGUUUAAUUGUAUGUCUUUUUUAAGGUGUCUUCUUUUACAGUUAAUAUUCUGAGAACAAUUUUCCUUAAAAAUGACUCUGGCCAUUGGAGUGAAAUGAUUCUUUUACUGCAGGGAUAUGCCGUGUUGCCACUCCUUCCAAUUUCUUUUCCAAUUGUCUGGAUUUGUUUAAAUCUUUAUGGAACAGCUAGAAUCAAAGUCUUAUUCACUUUUUUAAAAGAAAAAGAAAAGCCAACAAAUGAGAUAUCUCUGCAAGAAGUGUUCCAUUGCUUUUGGAAAAAUUUACUGGGAGAUCCAUCAAGUUUACCAAGAACAGCUAACCUUUUAGAAAUCCUUGGAAGUGUUACCGUGUGGUGUUGUGUGGACAAAGAAGGGAUACUCUCACUACCCAAUCCCUGUGCAGAGAAGGUGUUCUUCCUAAAGAGUCGAAAGCAAAGAUUAAAGGAAGAGUUAGCUGGUCAGGUGAAGGAGAGAAAAGAGAGUGUCUGCACUUGGACAAGCGAAACAAGCAGAGUGUCGUCAAGUCAGGAUGGCCAAGAAUCGAUAUCUGAUGAUGAGGAUGAUGAUGAUGAUAUUUCUGCAUCUGUUGAUGACUCAGAAUCUGUUGAAGACAAUUGGAAUAACUGUUUUAAAGGUCACAGAGAAGUGUUAAAUUUGUCCUCUGAUCCUGAGAGUCAGUUUGGGCUGAGAUUUGAUGAUGUGAGAUGGCAGAAUCAUAUCAACUCACUCAAACCCCUGGGCCUAAAUAUCCUACUUAAUUCAUGUUGCAAAUCUCCUGUGAGAUGUCUACGGUUUGCUGACCACACUGGUCUUCUGUCCCUUUCAUACAAUUCAGUUCCUUUGCCUUCUUACAGAAGAUGCCUUUGUCUUCUUGGCAAAGAAAUAGGGUUCAUGGAACGUGCACUACAGCUCUUCAACAAACAAAAGUACAUCUUUGCUGUGCAGUCACCUAUUAACUCCACUUUCAGAGUUCCCAUUCACUCUCACUCAUUCUUAUCCAUUUCAAAAGAAAAGCCAAUACCAAACAUGAUCUGCCUCAUUACCAAGGAGGAGCACUCUGGUAGGUUGCUGUGGUAAUGAAUGGAUAAAUAUAUAACUUAUCAUAAACUUUGUCUUUUAAUUUCAAGUACAGAGACUAUGAUUAACAAGAAUCUGGGGCC